AUGACAACAGCUAUUUUUCUUUUAACAUUAUCAUUUGCUUAUAUACUUCUUGGUACAUGUGCACAAUUUACUAUAGCUAUAUUUGCAUCUGAUCUAUUAUUAAAUUUACCUUGGCAAUAUUUUCCAUUUUUUAUUAUUAUACAAGCUAUUUUUAUUUGUCUUUUUUUUCUUAGUGGUUUUCGUCGAGAUUCAUUUAUAUUUCUUUAUCCAUUUCUUUUAACAUUAUUUUUACAUUUAUGUUCAAAUCUUUGGUAUAUAUUAAAUAUAAUUCAUUUACGUAAAUAUCAAUCAAUUGAAAUUCAACAAUUUUUUUAUUAUUGUUCAAAAGAUAUAUUAAAUAUCAAUAUUGAAACAAAACAAUGUACAUGUCUAAGAGAUAAUUAUCAUGAUAAAUAUCUUGUUAAUAUGUCAUGUAUGAAAGUUAAAUUAUUAAUUGAACUUAUUCAAUUAAUGCCAUUUAUUAGUAUUCUACUUGUUUUGGCUGAUUUUUAUACAUUUAUAUUAGUAACAUUUGUUUAUAUCUACGAAAAACGAUCAUUAAUAGACUAUUUACCAACACCAGAUGAAUAUGAUUUAGCUUAG